CGGAAAGUAAGAGUGGUUCCUCUACCAUACACCUUUUGUCCAAUAUGUCCACGCCUACUAUCAGUACUCACAGACCAUCGCUUCCGGACGGAGCAAUGGUUCUACCGCCUACUUUGCAGCUCCAAGCUUUGCUCACUAUCAUCCGGGAUGAAAAGACUCAGCGUACUUCCGAUAGGAUCAUUCGGCUGCUCGUUGAAGAGGGUCUCAAUCACCUCCCUGUCGUACCGAAAACAGUGAAAACGCCCGUGGGAGCAGAUUACGAAGGAGUGUCGUUCCAGGGCAGGAUAUGCGGAGUAUCCAUCAUGCGAGCUGGUCUGAGGGAUUGUUGCCGAUCAGCGACUGAGCAGCCGCCUUAUCUACAGAUCUUGAUACAGCGGGACGAAGAGACUGUUCAGCCAAAGUUAUUUUACGCCAAACUUCCAGACGAUAUCUCAGAGCGUUAUGUCCUCUUACUCGACCCGAUGCUGGCGACCGGUGGAUCAUGUAUGAAGGCUAUCGAGGUGCUUUUAUCACACGGCGUGAAAGAGGAGAGAAUCAUCUUCCUGAACUUGAUUGCUGCGCCGGAAGGUAUACAUAACGUGUGCUCCAAGUUUCCCAAAUUGAGAUUGAUCACUGCGUGGGUGGACCAAGGAUUAGAUAACCAUUCGUACAUAAUCCCUGGGCUUGGUGACUUUGGGGAUAGAUACUUCUUAUGAAUGUAGCAUGUAUACUUCCUCAUAUGUACGGUGUGGC